AUGGGCCUUUUCAAGUCGGCCAACCCCCCUGCCCCUCCCAACAACCGGUCUAUGACGGGCCAGUCUAUUCGCGGCAAAAUAUCAGGCCCGAUUCCCAUACCAAAUCCCGUCGACGACGAAUUUCCCAUGCGCAACCCGGGCACCGGAAUCGCUACGCCGGUCACUGCCGGCGAUAUGAGAGAGCAGCAGAUGAAUCCCCCGCAAGCCGACCCCGUGGCCGGCUCGACUGUCUCAGUCCCCCAUCCCGAAGUCUCACAGGUUCCGAGAACCGAUUCGGUCGCCGUCCCUCCUGGAACCGGCUCUACUUCUGGAUCCUCUCCAACAUCCGCUACCCAUACCCACACCAACUCGCCUCAGUCGCAAAGAAGGACGAACAUGUCAAGCAAUCUGAGGUAUUCUGCCGUCAGCGCAUCGUCUGAACAGACGGGCGCGAGCAAGGACAGGCCACAGCGCAAAAAGUCAACUUUGCGCGGUGCACUGGGAAAGCUGUUCGGACGCAAAAAGAAGAAUGGUAGCCAGGGUUCUUACGAUUCGCAGCGCGUAUCGACUUACAACCCCACGACCCAGACCCAGACCCAGACCCAGACCCAGAACCUACACAAGAGCGACCCUUCCGCGUUAAACCGAGCCAAGGAAUCCGAACCAAAGCGAUCGGCGUCCCUGCCGAUCACCGAGUACGACAGAGCACUGAGGUCUCACUCCAUCGGCCCCCAGGACAUCACUACCAUCGAAAGCGUGCGCAACUCACUCAACAUCGACCCGGCGCAGUCCAGCCGCAAGCGAGCAGCAACCUCUACCAUUAGCCAAAUUUACUCGGCCCCGUUUAGGCGCGAGGGCGAAUUGGCAGGUCUCUCGCCACGUCCUGCGAGCACCCAUGUACGCGGAAGUCGACUCUUCCAUUCUGACGAUGACGACCCCGAAGAAAUCGGGCGCGCGAUUACAAGCGACGUUGGUCACAAGCGACGAUCCAGAAGCCUAAGUGGACUCAAUAAUCCGGAGGUACGGGCGGAUCUUCGGCGACGAAGCGACGAGAUCCGCUACUGGCGACAAAGCUACGAUCAAGGCUUCGGUGCUUCUCCCGCCUCAACAUAUCCUCCUGAUCACGAAAAUCAGUUCGCAGGGAUUGCACCGAUGGAUAUGCCUGAAUCUCCGGUGUCUCCGAUAGAGCAAGCGCAGACACCCAUUCAUACGCCGCCGCAGCCGUUUUCUUUUGGCAAUCUAACUCAUAUGAAUGUCAUGGCGGGUAUGAAGAUUACCCAAGCAGCCAGCAUCGAGACACGGAUUGAGACAUUGGAGAGCAGAAUGCAACGAAUGGAGGAUGUUGUCACCCAGUUGUGCAACUCGGUACCUGGCUUCCAGGUUCAAGUCAACCAGCCAGUCCGGCCUGCGCCGCCUGUGCCCGGGUCCAACCCAUCGCAGUCAAGCACUGCCACGAACCCCGUUAUUCAGCAGGUUGCACGCCAGAGCGCACCAAGCUCCAGGUACAGCAACUCGGCACAAUCGAACACCUCUUUCGGUGAAGCUCCCACAUACGUUGGAUCCCUUCAUAUUCCCACCGGAAUGAACCGACCCACUUCGAACUCGACCAUUCGUGGCGUCACCAGCUUGCCAGCCAUGCCUCGGACAGACGCUGGCCGCACUACAGAAACGUUUACAGCAGAUCAUUACACGAUGCUUUUGGCACUUCUCGAGACGGAGAGGUCCUCUAGACAGGCCCUUGAGUCUCAGGUAAAGAAGUUGACCAGACGCAUCAACAUGAUUUCCGGGCCAACUGGCCAGGGCCGCAUGUCUCUGCAGAUGGAACCUCCUCCAACAGCCAAGUCCUUUGGCAGCGUCUCCGCUUUUGACCACGAUUCAUCAGAUGAGGAGGAUGCGGCUACCAGGAACCGUCGUUACUUGGCCGAAGAUUCCGGCGUGGGAACUGGGGUCGGAGACGACGACUCCUACUCAGAGGUCUUUGCUACGCCGAGAGAGGAGCAGCCGCACAGUUACGGGGCUUUUGGGGAGGAACUGCACGAGGACGACGAAGAUCCCGUACGCAAAAAGGCAGCGAGGACACUGUCACUCAGCCAGAUGACGUUGGGAAAGAAAUCGUCCAGGACGGGAGUACGAAGUUGA